AUGGCCUCCUCCCAUAGCCCAACCUACCCAUCCCUCAUCCACCCACCCCCGCCCAAAAACCCCUCACCUCCCUCCUCUCCCUCCUCCCUCAACCAGCCUCCACCCUCAUCAACCUCCUCUCCACCCGCCAUCAACUCAACAGUCCCUCUCUCCCCCCCUCUACCUCCCACCUCUCCCUACCAACCGACUCCACCCUCACCUCCCUCCCCUCCUCCCUCAACCCCCCCCUCUUCCACCUCCUCCCUCCACCCCCUCCCCUGCCCCCCUCCCCUGAACCUCUCCCUCCUCUCCCACUCCCUCUCUUCCUCCCGCCUGCACGCCUUCUCCCUUCUCGCUCACCGCCUCCUCCUCACCCACCCCCACAUCGACCCCCUCUCGUCCCUCCUCUCCUCUUCUCAGUUAUCUUGCUCUUCACCUUCUGUAUUUGGCUUGCUCGUCAAUGCGCAGCUUCGCCUCGGCCAGCUCAGCGCCGCCGUCGAGACCCUUCGGAGGCUCACCCGUCUGGGUUUACCCCCAAAUUCUCAUACCUUCAAUUCGGUGUUGCGCGGUCUGGUGAAAAGUAGAAUGAAAGGGAAUCUUGAUCUUUGUUGGGAGAUUUAUGAUGAGAUGAAGAGGGCCGGUGUAAUGCCGAAUGGGCACACUUUUAAUAUAAUGGUUGAUGGGCUUGUGAAGGGUGGAGGUGAGGAUAGGGUUGAUGGGUUUUUGGAGGAGAUUGAAACGGAAGGAUUUGAUCCUGAUGUUGUCACUUACAACUGUUUGAUUGAUGGCUACUGUAGAAAAGGGAGGUUGGGGGAUGCAAUGGGGCUUUUUAGGGUGAUGUAUAGGAGAGGAGUGGAGCCCGAUUUGGUUACGUAUACCGUUUUGAUCAAAGGGUUUUGUAGGGAUGGGAGGAUGGGGGAUGCACAUAAGAUGUUUGAUAGAAUGGUUGAGAGGGGGGUGGAGCCCGAUGGGUUUUGUUUUGGGGUUUUGAUUUUUGGGUAUUGUAAGAAGGGGAUGAUGAUUGAAGCGAGAGCGACUCUUGAUGAUAUGGUUCGUCGAGGGUUGAAGAUUGAUGAGUUUACGGGUAAUGUGAUUGUUGAAGGGUACGUUAAGGUUGGAAAGUUGCUUCCUUGUUUGAAUAUGAUUGCGGAAAUAAGGAAGUACGGGAUUGUUGUUAGUUUUGAGGCUUACAAGUGGGUUGUUGAUGCUCUGUGCUUGGAGAGAAGGCCAAAUGCUGCGAGAAGGCUAUUAGAAUGGAUUGUGCAAGAUGGGUAUAAGCUAAACUUGGAGAUGUAUAAUUUGGUGAUAGGUUCCUUUUGUGAAUGUGAUUAUAUAGUUGAAGCAUUUGCUGUGAAGCAGGAGAUGAUUGAGAGUGAUAUUAAGCCAGGAUUGGAUACAUAUAAGAUUCUUAUAAGAUGUCUUUGUGGAUCAGGCAAGAUUGUGGAGGGUGAGUGCUUGAUGAUGGAGAUGGGUGAUUAUAAUCUUGUGCCUGAUUCUGAUAUUUGUGCUUCGUUGGUAGGUUCAUAUGUUGGAAAGGGAGAUCUAAGCAAAGCAGAAUCAGUUUUAAGAUAUUUUGCUCGGGAGUUUCAGAUUUAUGACAGCAGAAGUUACAAUGCUUUGUUGAAAAGAUAUUGUGAGGAAGGGAAAAUGACCAAGUCAUUUGAACUGCAAAAUAGGAUGCUGAAGUUGGGUUUUGUUCCAAAUAAAGAGGCUUGCAAGUAUUUGAUUCAUGGACUUUCGAGAACUAGAAAUCUUUCUCCAUGCGUACAAGCUUAGGACUCUUCCGAAUGAGAUGGAUAAAUUGACUAUAACUGUUUGAGUUUCUCCUACCAACAAUUUGGCCUCCAGAAAUUUGAGUCUCAAAGCAUCAAUUGAAUCCUCAGGAAAUUAAGGGCUCUCCUAUCAUCAAAUUAGCCCUCAGUUCAAAGUGAUCUCUUCGGAUUGGGUGGUAUUGGAAGAGGACUCUCUCGUUCCCCUGUUCUGUCUUCCUGCUGCUGUUAGCAAAACUUUAGGGGUAGAAGCCUCUUGAAUUUUCUCUUGUAGUGGAGGAGUGAAUAAAUUCCUCAAGCAGUCAGAUAGAAGAAAGCUUUAUUCCAAUGGUAGAGAUUCUGUACGAGAAUCGAGCAGAAAACUAAAGAACUUAAAAGGAUGGAGUGUCUAAUAUGCUCUGGUGUCUGACCGGUGCGAGCCUUGCUAUGUACUUUAGCUAAAUAUAGGAUUGAUACACAUUUCUACCUUUGUCCAAAAACUUAAGGAAAAAAUAAGCAGAAGAAUGACAUUUUACUUUCUAGCUCUGUUCAUUGUAGGAGACCUGGACAUACAGGGAUUGUGAAUGAAAACUCGACAGGUUAUUUUUAGUUUUUAUUUUUUUUUUGCUAUGACCUUUUAUUUUCCUGUAAAGCAGUUCCAUGGAAAAUGGUUGUAAGCCUGAGGUUGAACUCUU